AUGUUCUCCCAGCCCGGCGCCGCCCCCGCACCGGCUCCCGCGCAUGCGCAGCAGCCGGCUGCGGCGUCGCCGCUGCGGCGGCGCUUCAGCUCCGCGGCGGACCUGUCGGCGCCCUCCGCCGCCCCCGCCGCCAACGCCGCCCUUGCCAGCCCCGCGGCCGGGCUGUACUCGCGCGUGGGCGGCAGCCAGCUGGACGUACGGACGUCGCCGCUGGACCGCUCGCAGAGCUUCCUCGACCUGUCCGCCACCCCCGCAGCCAGCGCCGCCCCCGCCGCCGCCCCCGCGAGGGAGCGCGCUGCCGACGCGCAGCAGGCCACGGCCUCGCUUCCGCGGAGGACGUCCUUCAGCGGCACAGGCCUGCUGCACUCGCGGUCGCAGAGCCUGCUGGACGUGCGCGCGCACCGCAACAGCAUCGCGGGGGAUCCCCGCGUCGGCCAGAUGAUGGAGCGGCGGCAGCGUGGCUUGUCCAAGCUGCGGGGGCUCGUCAUCCCAGAGCGCGUGCCGGAGCUGCCGGUGCUGCUGCCGGAUCUGCCGGAGAUCAAGUCUGUACCUCCACCACCUGUCUCUACAAGGAGCUCAUGGUCUCCUUCUUCCUCAACUCCAACCAAGAGAAUGACAGCAACGAACUGGACCCGGUCAGGUCUGUCCACGGCACCUCUGAACAGGCCAACCAGCUGGCAGUCAGAAAAUGUGGCACCUCUAUCACAGAACCAUUUCAGUGCUUCAAAACCAUUAAGUGCUACAGCUGCAUCUCCAGUAACAAGCUGGAACCCAUCGACUGUGGCCACACGAGAGAAUUCUCGUCCAUCCUGGUCUUCAUCAGCAUCUGUUCCGAAGUAUUCACCUGCCUUCAAGCGAAAGAGCCUCUCUGUAAGCUCUUCACUCAGCUCGUCUCUGUCCUCGAGCCGCGAGGAGCUGCGGCCGUUGUUUGAGGCGACUCCUAACACCCGGCCACCGCCGCUACCAUCUUCCAGGCCACCACCACUUCAGCCACCUGCAGAACCGAAGUCAUUAGAAAGCAUCGCUUCAUCCCCCACACGCUCGGACAUCAGCUUUGACUUUAAAGUCGGUGCAGUCCGGAGCCCUUCUGCUGCAACGGAGACAGAUGUACUUACCCCUCACAGCAGAGGUGGUGGAGGAGAUGAUUCUGAUGACUCAGCAGUCAGUUCGAGUCGCUCGAGCCAGUACUCCCCGCCGUCAUCGCCACUACGUAGAACACUCACUUCUGGCACUGACCAGUCAAGCCACACUGGGCGUGUGCUGAAGCCGAAGAGUGUGGAAGCUAUAAAUCGAAAAAAUGUUUUGUCGUCAGCUCGACACAGCAGUGGAAGAGACCUCAAGGCAGGCUCACCCCUGAUACAGCGAAAGUUGCCUGAAGACAUUGCCACAGAAGUAAACAGUGCUAUUGUUACACCUAUUGAAGAUAAUAGUGCCAUACACACGCAACAGGAGAAAAUACAUCAGUAUAGCCAGAACACAGAAAAUGGUGAAAAUAAUAAUGCCAAUUUGUACGACAGACCAGAUGAUGAUGCUACCAUAGAGCAUCGACAUGUUGGAAAACAGGAAGUUGUUGAAGCUAAUGUUAGAAGAAACAUUAAUAGUACACCAGUUAGCCAUUAUAAGACUGAAGAAAGGUUAUUCAGAGCACCAUAUUCCAAUUUUGACCAAAUGAACAGCACAUUGCAAGGAAAAAUUGAUGAUAGGAUUGCAAUGGUGCAUCACAGAACAGACAAUAGUUCUACUACUGUCAUUCGGAGAAGCAUGGAGAUCGUCACUUCAGUUGGACCAAGUAAAUCAACUGAUGACAAACAAUCUCCACACUGGAGCACCUCCAGAGAGCGACAUACUGGUUCUGUUGGGGAUGAUAACAGCUCUUUUGCAGGUCAAAAAGAGGGGAAAAAUGAUGAAGUAAGAAGCAAUCUGGAAGCUCCUGCUGACAGAUUUGAUACUAAGGAGAAAAAUAAUAGAUUGUCAACCAAUAAUAAUAAGUUUGAAGGUGAUGAAACUAGUAAACACCAAUUUGCAACUGCUCGAAGCAAGUUUGAAGACAGCUCAAUUGCUGGAAGGCCAACAUACCAGAAAUCUGAGGAGAGCAAAGUAUUUCCAAGGCAAAGGAAAAGUGAUGAAAAUAGUGCAGUCCUUCGGCGUCAAAAUGCCGUUGAAGACAACAUACUGGAGUUGAAUGGAAAUGAUGCCAUCAUAGACAGCAAGUCUCCCCCUGUAGCAGCUCCACGCCGCUACGUGACUCAGUGGGAGGCUUCUUCCCCCAGCAACACGUCACCAUUAGAGAGCCCAUUAUCGCCUGUACCUCCUUCAGUUCCUCCUAAACCCACCUCCAAAUUGUCAAAUGGAAGCAACGGAAGCAUCACGAGGCAAGACUCAGGUCCAACACUAGUAAAGCACUUCAGAGGUUCUUCUCUGGACUCUACAGCCAGUGAUGACAACACUCUGCGAGAUAGUGUGCUCUAUGGCAGUGUCUCCUCACUUUCUUCAGCUUCGAGCCUCAUAACACCACAGGAACUACAGCAGCUGAUGAAUGAAGCAAAUCAGAGUCUUGAUGAAAGUGGCUUAUGCAGUCCAGUCACAUUAGAAGUAAUAGUUUUGCAUAGGGAUCCAGCUGGUGGGGGUGUCGGCAUUACACUGGCAGGUGGAGCAGACUAUGAAGCCAAGGAAAUAACUGUACAUAAAGUUUUGGCAGGCAGCCCUGCAGAUAGAGAUGGGCGACUACAGAAAGGAGACCGCAUUCUUUCAAUUAAUGGUCACAGCAUGAAAGGUGUCACUCAUCAAGAGUCAUUGCGUAUAUUGAAGUCUCCCUCAGCAGAAGUUGUGCUAGUUGUGAUGAAGAAGGGGUCAGAGGGUGUAUCAAGUCCAUCAUAUGAGGAACCCUCAUUUGGCCGUAAAAUGGCUCCAUUUAGAGUACUUGAACAGUUGAAAGAGAAUAGUGUUGAAACAGUAGUUACAAGCGGUGUAUUGCUGGAUGGUAAUGAAGGUGGUCCCCCUGUGAAUCUGGUACUGUGCAAAGAUGGAGCAGGACUAGGCUUCAGUUUGGAUGGUGGCAGAGACUCACCACUUGGAGACAGACCACUAACUGUGAAGAAAAUAUUCACAGGUGGAGCAGCUGAAAAGCAGGGGCAGCUGAAAGCGGGAGAUGAACUUCUGGCAGUGGCUGGCUCUGAUGUCACCAACAUGACUAGGAUUGAAGCCUGGACACUCAUGAAGAAGCUGCCAAGUGGUCCUGUCACUAUUUCUAUCAGACCGAAAGCUGCAGUGUGACACUAAUUAAAAUGUAGGUUGUGCCAAAAGUGUGAAAUUGGGAUUCCUAAAAUAAGACUGUGGAAAUGAUCACAUAAGGUAUCAUCUGCUGCUUCACAAUGUUCAACGAGCAGCAGGUUGAAAAAAAUGCGUAAUGAAUGUGUGUAUCAGUGUCAGAUGAUUCAGUGGUUUGCUAAAGUUGCACUGUAAGUGUUGUAUGUAAUACAAGGGACAGUUAACUGUCACUGUAAAAUGCGGAAAUUGAAAGAAACUUACAUUUCAUAGGGGAAUGUGUGCAAUGUGAUGUAUGCAUCAACAUAGUGUAUGUUUAUUUUAACCACAGUAUCUGAGUAUCAUACUACUAAAUCCUGUAACUUUGUAUGAAGGAAUGGGAAAAUUUAUUUGGUGAAUUAAUCCAGCUAUGUCUUCCAGGUAGUGCUGUUAACCAUAGUAAAGAUGGCAGUGACAGUGAACUAUCAAUCAAGUUUUUUGCACUUAUUGAACUGGAAGGCAACUGCACAUAAAAUUGUUAUUGAUAAAUACAUAGAUAAAUAUAUAUUUUUAGGAGAAAUGUUACUGUUAGCAUGAAUAUUAUUCAUACUGUUAAUACAAAUGUGUUGUAUGUAAUAAUUUAUUGUUGUGUUAUUUCUUCAGAAUUUUAUAGAUACAGCUGCUUUGACUAUGGCAGCUUCAUCAAUGUAGAAAUGAAAUAUGUUAAAAGAAUGUAUAUAUUAAACAUUUAACAGUGCUUUGUAGCUCAUAUUUUAAUACUGUUUUCUUAUAUUUCCUAGGAAUAUCUGAAAUAUUAACCAAUUGAAAGAAUAUUUACCACUUUGCAAGCAUCACAUACACUCUUUUUUUCAACAGGAACCAGACAGCUGUAAUGAGAUCACACAAAAUGUCUCAUAUUAUAUUCAAAGAGCAAUAUGCAAGCCUCAUUUUGUAUCAACAAAUGUCUAUUCUGCCUUGCCAGUUAGUCAUACUGAGGAAAUUUUAUAUCAGUAGAGUGACAAAGAAAUUAAACAUUUUGAAAGUUUUUUUGAAAUUAUGUCAUCUACAGUUUGAAACUUCCUAGCAGAUGUAGAUGUAGAUAUGUGUGACAUGUCUGAUUCUCGAAAAUAUUUGUUUAUUCAGUACAAAUUAUUCUCUCCACAGAAAAUAAACACUCCACUGAAAAUUUUUUCCCCAUAAAAACACAUCUGCAGACUAUCUGAGUACUGCUGUUUAGGUGUGACAUGUAUUGUAAUUUUCUGUAAAUAUGGAAGGGCUGUCAACAGUUGUUUGACAGAAUGUAAGCGAAUGUAACAUUAAUAUUGAGAUGUUCUUGGUGCUAUUGACACUAUAAUUCCUGUAUUGUGCCAUUAAUAUAAAAUUGUUGCUAUUUUUAACACUAGGUGCAUUUUGUAAAAAGUCAGUAUUCUGUGAUACUGAGAGGAAGAGUUUUGUAAUGAUCAAAUGUUCCAGAGCAGCUUUUACAAAAAAAAAAAAAGAAAAAAAAAGAGGACUGUUAUUUUAUUGAACAUAAUCUGCAUUUAAAUUUGUUCAGUCCAUAAUCAUGCCUGUGGUAUUAAGUCGGUAUCUAAGGCAGAUAAUAUUUGUUUCAGAAUAGGUUGUAGUGAGUUUUAUACUUAUUCAUUGAGAGUAUGAGACAGUAAACAGUAAAUUUUAAAACUGUGUUUAUGGUAUUUCCCCAUUUAACAACUUGAAACACAGUAUAUCUGUCUAAAAAUAAUUCUUCCAGAAAGUAGAGAGUAAAAUGGGCAGUGCUAUUGAUUUGAUUUGAUUUGAUUUGAAUGGAUUUGAUAAAGCUGAUAUAUUGUGACUGGUUGAAUUGCUAAAUGCUAUAUCACAAUAGCAGUUGUUACUUUUUAAGAAUGUAUGCUAUGAAUUUAUGUUGUAAUAUAUUUGUGCAGAUUUUCAUUGAAAUAAAGACCAGUAAGUGGUUCUAUA